GAUAGCUUGUUUUCACACUUCUUCAUCAACUUCUUCAUCAAACUUCUCACUAUAAAGCUAUUCAAAAAAUCAGUUCUGCAAUCAUGACUAAAGUACUCUUGACUGGAGGAAGUGGCUUCAUUGGAGCCCAUAUUCUAAAGAUUCUUCUCGCACGAGGUUACAAUGUUGUUCUAGCAGUUCGAAAUGAGUCCAAGGGACAAGAGAUCAUCAAUGCUCAUCCCAAGAGCAACGAGCUUUCCUAUGUGGUCGUUGGUGACAUCUCCAAACUUGGCGCAUUCGACAAUGCCUUGCAAUCAGACCCACCUUUUGACGCCGUUAUUCAUUCCGCGAGUCCGUUUCACUUUCGCUCGACCGACCAUAAGAAGGAACUGUUGGAACCUGCCGUCAAUGGAACGGUCGGCAUCUUGAAAGCUAUCAAGCAGCACGCUCCAUCGGUCAAAAAGGUGGUAAUCACUUCAUCUAUGGCGGCCGUGAUGAACCCAUUCUCAGAACCUGCAAAAUACACCGCAGAAGAUUGGAAUCCGGUUACCGAAGAGCAAGCGCUGAGCAGUCCAGGCCUUGCGUAUCUUGGAAGUAAAACAUUCGCAGAGAGAUCUGCAUGGGAGUUCAUCAAGAAGGAGUUACCUGGCGUCGGUUUGACCACUAUCAACCCUCCAGCGGUUCUCGGUCCUGUGCUUCACCAUUUGAAGUCCUUGGCGGAUAUCAACACUUCUAAUGAAGCAAUUGCAAAUUUUAUGCAAGGAAAAUGGAAGAACGGUGCCCCUCCAACCUUUACUAAGCCAUGGGUAGAUGUGCGAGAUGUUGCACUGGCUCAUGUAAAUGCGUUGGAAAUACCUGAAGCUGCUGGAAAGAGAUUCCUAUUGAAUGGGGGUUAUGUCACUAAUGCUGACUAUGUUGCAAUUGCUAAGACUAUCCCUAUUCUUAAGGAUAAGCUGCCACAGACGGUGGAAAAAGAGGAGAUUACAGACGCUGAAGUUGACACUACACCGGCGAAGGAGAUUUUAGGUAUCAAGUUUAAGAGUUUGAAGGAGAGUGUGACUGAUACAAUCACAUCCCUACAGAGAUUCAUCGAGUAGAUGUUUUCCUCUUCUCAGUCCAUUACUUAACAUCUCGGUCAUCUCAUCAGAGUCAAUAUAUAAGUCCUAAACCUUUAUAAAUCGAUCAUUAUAAUCCCCUGUGGCAUGGCUUUCCAUAUUACUUGUAAAUUUAUCUAUGUAGAUCUCACGGUCUCUCACA